CUCCAUGUUGAGACUCUAGGCUACAAUAGCAAGAUCCUGUGUUUCAAAACCAAAAAAAAUCGCAUAAUUAAGGGUCACCCAGCACUUUAAAGCUAAGUGGAAGUAGUUUCAGACUUGCUGUUUAAGGAAGCUGGGCUGUUCUUGGCUCUAAUGCCUCUGAGACCAGCUCCCAGUGAUGUCCAAGCACCCUGUGCAUGUCUUUGAGCCAUCCCCAGAAAAGGAAGUUAAAAGUGGGUCCCCAGUCAGUUAGGUGACACGUGUGAGGAUGAACUCUGCUCUGGGAGAGUCUGGGUUCUCCUCCUCCUGCCUCAUCUGGGUGACAACCCCACAGGACAGCCCACUGCUGUUUACUCCUGGCAGCCUUUGUGGAAAAAUGAGGAAAAGGGGCCCUUAGGAGAUUCCUGCCUUUCCUUUGGGGCUCUUUGCUGAAAGUUGAGGGUUUCUGGGUUGGCUUUACCCCGUGUUCAGAGGUUAGCUCCUACUUCUUCAGCUAGAAUAGCCGUGUGUUGUCGAAGAGCCGCCACAUGCAUGCCCUCGAGUGGGGGCCAUUCCUGGAUGGUGUUCUAUCCCUGGAAAGUGAUGGAAUAAAGAAUUCAGGAUGUCCUUUCCUCUUCCCCGGACCUGAUCACUUUCUUUGACUCAGAAAAAUCCAGGUUAAAAUUAAAAUGUAAAAUGGUUUCCUCCUCAGUCUUCAAGUAGGCCGGCUGCCUUCCCAGAGGCAGGCUGUUCCCCUCUGCCAUUCUACUUUCUUGAGAGCAUAGACCAACAGUUACCAAGCGAGGGAACUCCUUUGGCCCACACUAAGGCUCUUUUGGGCUCCAACUCGGGAGGCUGUUUUAAGAAUCCCCUGUUGGUUUUUUUUUUUUUUUUUUUUUAAGAUUUAUUUAUUAAUUAUGUAUACAAUGUUCUGCCUGCGUGUACGCCUGCAGGCCAGAAGAGGGCACCAGAUCUCAUUACAGAUGGUUGUGAGCCACCAUGUGGUUGCUGGGAAUUGAACUCAGGACCUCUGGAAGAACAGCCAGUGCUCUUAACCGCUGAGCCAUCUCUCCAGCCCCCCUGUUGGUUUUUUAACACCUCCCCCGACCCCCCAGGAAAUGGGCAUGAGUGAUGAUGCCGUGGCCAGCAGGCGGCGCUGUUGAGAAGGCUGGUGCCUUUCCAGCCGCAAGUUCACCUUAAGAUGCUUGUAGUAUGAAGAUGCUCUCAAUGCUUUAAUCAAAAUAAGCACUGAUCUUAAAUAUGAAGAUAAGAGCUUUCCUCACAGAACACUUUCUUUUUCAUAAUAGUGGGAUCAGAUGGUCCUUCCAGAUCAAGAUUCUAUCCCGACUGUAAACAGAGGGAGUCUCAGGGUAGGGAGAAGAGUGGCGAAUGUUUAGCUUGUGUUUCUCUAACGUCCUCAGCUGUUCGGGUAACUUGAAUAAGAGUGAUUUACUGGACAGAAAAGGUUCAGGGGAAGGGGUGGUGGGGCGAGGCAGAGCACUGUCACCUGCCUUCCUGAGUUCGAUUCCUGCCAUUGGGGGGAAAAGGAAAGUUUAAUGUGUAUUGUACCACCAGUGUUAACACACUAUCAAAUUGUAACCAAAAUAAAUGUCUUAUCUUACAAAGAGGUCUGUUUGGGGUGUGUUUCCUCCUAUAGGUCUGGGUUUUUUUAUGUUUGCUUUUUCUAACUUAAAAAGUGGUGGUGCUGUUGUUUUUGAGGUAGGUUCUCAAUGUAGCCCAGCCUGGCCUCAAACUCCAUCUGUAGCCAAGACUGCCUUGAACUCCUGAUUCCCUGCCCUCUGCUUCCAAGUGCUAGGAUUAAAGGCACAUGCCAACCAUACCUGUACAGCCUUUUUCUAACAUUUAAAAAUAAUAACCUAGGGGGUUGGGAGAGGUGACUCCAGUUAAGAAUUCAUACUGCUCUUGUAUAGGACCUGAGUUUGGUUCCCAGCACCCAUGUUGGGUGGCUCACUAACGACUUACAACUAUAGGUCCAGAAGAUCCGGUACUUCUGGCCUCCACAGGCACCUGCACUUAGAAGCACACACCCACAUACAGAUGUACACAUAAUUAAAAUUAAAAUAAAAUGGUGGUGGCACACGCCUUUAAUUCCAGCACUCGGGAGGCAGAGCCAGGCGGAUCUCUGUGAGUUCGAGGCCAGCCUGGGCUACGGAGUGAGAUCCAGGAAAGGUGCAAAGCUACACAGAGAAGCCCUGUCUCGAAAAACAAAACAAAACAAAACAAAAAAAGUCUUUUUAAAAAACACCUAAAACUUAGCUGUUGGAGGUACCAACAUGGAAAGCUGCCCUGCUGUGUAAGACCAGCUGAUGGUGUUCUGGCUAACGUAAGGCCUAUGGAGACAGAAAAGAACUCAGUGUGUGCUACGAGUUGGGAUGGGAGGAGAGGGGUGAGGAGGGGGAACACAGGGAACUUGGGCAAUGAAAAUUCUUUGUAGGACUAAUGAAGGACACGUGCCUGUCAUUGUACCCAUACACUAGAUAACUCCAGGGAAUUGCGUUGAGUGAAAUUACACACCAGUGACAUGCAUUGGUUGCAUCUGCAUAAUAUGUUGUUUUGUUGUUGUUGUUGUUGGAGACAGGGUUUCUCAAUGUAGCCCUGGCUGUCCUGGAACUUGCUCUGUAGACUAGAUCUCACAGAGAUCCGCCUGCCUCUGCCUCCAGAGUGCUGGGAUUAAAGGUGUGUGCCACCACCACCUGGCUGCAUCACAUCUUUUAAUUGAAAAACUAUGGAAAUCAAGGUUGGAUUGGUGGUUGCCAUGAGUUGGGCCUGGAAGAAGGAGGGUGAGGGAGGCGGGUGGACGUCUCUGUAAAAGCGACAGAGCAGGCUGUGAUGGCAUGAACCUGUAAUCUCAACACCUGGGAGGUGGAUCUGGAGUUCAAGGUUAGCCUCAACUAACCUAUGGUACAUGAGACACUGUUUCAAAAAAAUUAAUAAGUGAUGAAAGAACAUUAGGUCAGAUCCUUGGGGCCAUGGAGCUGUUCUUCAUCUUAAUUGUGGUGGUGAAUAGGCAAAUCUCAUGUGAUGAAUUGCACAGAAGUAAAUAUGUGAGUGGAGCUGGGAAGCUGGCUCAGCGGUUAAGAGCACUGGCUGCUCUUCCAGAGGUCCUGAGUUCAAUUCCCAGCACCCACAUGGUGGCUUACAACCAUCAAUAAUGGGAUCGGAUGUCCUUUUCUGGCCUGCAGGCAUACAUGCAGGCAGAGCACUCAUAGAUAAGGUAAAAUAAUUUUUUAAAAAAGAAGCAAAUACACGAGCAUGUGCCACAAGUAGGUGCACAUGGGCGUGAGCACGUGUAAAUCAGGGAGGAUGGGAGACUGGUGUGUCCUGGUUGUGGCGCCUGAACCGGCUCCUUUCGUGAGCUGUUAUCAUGGAGGGAAAUGGGCAGAGAAGACAUAAAGUCCCUCUGAAUUAUUUCAAGUCCUUGUCAACUUACAACGAUCUCAAACUUACAAGAGUAAUUAAAGAAACUCUCCAGAUGUGGCGGUAUGCACCUGUCACUACAGCAUUGGGAAGCUGAAGCAGGGGGACCGGGGAUUUGAAGGUAGCCUGGGUUACACACACAGCAAGGCCAUCUCACAAACUACACAACAAACCCAUCACACCACACAAGAAUGUUUGCAGCAGUCUUGCUGAGAACAAGAGGUCAGAAAGACCCUUUAAUCAGCACACUGGGGAGGCAGAGGCAGGUGGAGCUCUGAGUUUGAGGCCAGCCUGGUCUACAGAGUGAGGUCCAGGACAGCCAGGGCUGCACAGAGAAACCCUGUCUUGAAAAACAAAGACAGACAGACAGACAGAUGAAAGAAAGAAGAAAGACCCUGAACUGCAGUCAACAGGCACCCACUGAGACCUGAGGUUUGACCCCAAGACUAUUUAUUGCUUAACCUUGAGAGAUGAUAAGGUUUUGUGUUGAGUAAAUACACCCAUCCCUGACUUAACCUCAAGGGAAACGACAGAAGGCAGCCACCACAGCAGGUUCUCCGAGCCAUCCGUGAAGGGCAGGGCUGCCCGUUGGCAGAGGAUGAUCCAGAGGGAGGGGCCCGUAAGGAGCUCAGUUUCUCUGUAUACGCCCUUUUUCCUGUUAACACCACUUCAAUCCCGAGCCCGGCCACCCUCUGGUCACUGGGUUUCCCCUCUUAUGUCCAGCAGGUGGCGGAAGUGUUCCAAGGACAGGUGGCGGCUCUGUUUCAGGCGGCCGGCUCUCAUCUCCCGGCAGCAGGUGGUGCUCGGAGAACCACGCUGCUUGCUCACAGAGCCCCUGCCCAGGAACUGCCCCUCUCCCAAGUCCGGAGGAAGCAACAGGCUGGCUUUCUGGCCCGGACAGGGUUAACAGUCCACAUUCCAGAGCAGGGAAAAAGGAGGCUGGAGGUCACAGACAAAAGGAGGGGGCAGCUUCUAACAACACCACAGCUCUGGUGUGAGAGAUAGGUCACCCCCCAACAAUGGCCACAGCUGUUCUUGUCUGCCCCGAAGGAAACUGACUUAGGAAGCAGGUAUCAGAGAGGGCCCUUCCUGAGGGGACUUCUGUCUGCCUUGUAAAACUGUCAGGGCAGCUGCAGUGAUGUGUGGGUGAUGGAGAUGAAAAGGCGCACACAGGCGGCCGGCCGGCCACAGAUGGACAGGCCACUUACAAGUCGAGGCAGGUGGCAGAGCGCUGCAGAAGCUGUGUAGGUGGGGGACACUGAUUCAUCGCACAGUUAACAUACCAAGGCGGGAGGUGGACCGGAGCCGUCUUUCCAGCCUUCCUCUGGGGCUGGGGCAUCCUCCAACAAUCCAUCUCAGUGAAGGCUUCCGCCCGGUCCUCCUUUUUUUGCGCCUCAGGUGUGAACCCUCCUGCUCACGCCCCUCCUUCUCCCAGUGGCAUGGCCCUUUCUGUCACGGCCGGCUGAGCCAGCAACUCCUUUGGAUGUCUUUGUGCCUAGACCCACGGUUCUCAACCUGUGGGUCAUGACCCCAUGGGGGUUGUUGAAUGACCCUUUCACAAGGUUCAUCGACCCUAAGACCAUGGGAAAUAUCAGGUGUUUACAUUAUGAUUCAUAACAGUGUCAAAAUUACAGUUACAAAGUAGCAAUGAAAAUAAUUUUAUGGUUGGGGAUGACCACAGCGUGAGGAACUGUUUUAAAGGGCCACAGCAUUAGGAAGGUUGAGAACCAGUGGCCUAGAUGGACCAGAGAUGGCUUUCUGAAACUCAUCUGUUACAUGUGUCCCUUGGGUCUUUCCUCUAAGACUCGGAGCUGUUUAUGAAAAUAUAAUGAGAGGCUGGAGAGAUGACUUGGUGAGUAAGAGUGCAUGUUGUGCAAGCAUGAAGACCUGAGUUCGAAUCCCUAGCACUCAUGUGGAAAAGUGGCCAUAUGUGCUUAUAACCCCAGGAUUGCGGGGGUGGGGUAGGAGGGUAGAGGCAGGUGAAUCAUGGGAGCUCACAAGCCAGUUAUCCAGCCUAACCUACAUGUCUCAGUAAGAGAGCCUGUCUCGGGGAAUAACUUGGAGAGUGACAGAGGAGAACACACCUCCUCUGGUCUUUGCAUGAACCCACACAUGUAUACACGGGACUUGUAAGUACACACAUAUAACACACACACACACACACACGUACACAGAAAAUGUAAUAAGCUGAGAAAUGAUGGGGGAAACAUCAGCACUAAAAGCACUGACCUUGGCUUUUGCUAAGAAAUGGGAAUCCAUGUUGCCUGCCUCAGACCUGGCCAGGGAAGGAACUACCUUUGGCUCACCAGCCUACAAGCCACAGUGAGUUCCCUGGCUAAAAAUCACCUGUGACAGAUCCCAGGUCCCAAAGAGUAGAUGAGAUUUCCUCUUUGUGCUCCAUCUCCAAGAGCCUUGGUGACCUGCUUACCUCAACCUGUCACCAGAAACCCACCUUCUCGCCGGUGGCUCUGGACUCCCUACUACCCCCACCCCCCAUUUUUGAAGAGAAAGCCAAGACACUUUUUUUGCUCAGAAUCGUUAGUGUUGAGCCAUAUGGACUUGAGGCCAAUGGGGUUUCUUUAAAAGCGUCCCUGUACAGGGCUUGCAUAGCAAGCCUGAGACCCUAGGUUGGAUUCCCCAGAAUCCCCCCCCCCCCCCCAAAUAAAAAAGGCAUCCUUCUGCUUCUGGGUGGGAGUGGGGUGUAAAAACACCUUUAAUUAAGACCAUUAGCUGGUGAGGUGACAAAGAAGCUUGGCUAGAGGAAUUCGGUCAGCUGGACUCUGCCUUCUGUGGAACUCGGAGCCCCACAUGUUUCCUUUGUUAAGCUGGCCCACAGUUUGUUUUGAGAAUGCCUGAGGGGCCCAGGGAGCCAGACAAUUAAAAGCCAAGCUCAUUUUGAUAUCUGAAAACCACAGCCGUCUGAACGUGGGAGGUUCUGGGAGAGCUAGCUCUGUCCCUGCCUCACCGCCCCCCUUGGGUCACCUGGGAGUGCCAGCAGCAAUUUGGAAGUUUGCUGAGCUCGAGAAGUCUUGGGGAGGGCUCACUCUGAGCACACCCCUUUCCCCCUGGAGAGGGGGGUGAGGAAACAUGGGACCAGCCCUGUUCCAGCCCCUCCUUAUUGGCUGGCAUGAGGCAGAGGGGGCUUUAAAAAGGCCACUGUAUCUAGGCUGGGAACUGGAGCCUGUGCUAGGGACUGCCCUCCAUCUGGCACCAUGCAGCUCUCCCUAGCCCCGUGUCUUGUCUGUCUGCUUGUUCAUGCAGCCUUCCGUGCUGUGGAGGGCCAGGGGUGGCAAGCCUUCAAGAAUGAUGCCACAGAAAUCAUCCCUGGGCUCAGAGAGUACCCUGAGCCUCCCCAGGAACUGGAGAACAACCAGACCAUGAACCGGGCAGAGAACGGAGGAAGACCUCCCCACCAUCCCUAUGACACCAAAGACGCGUCGGAAUACAGCUGCCGCGAGCUGCACUACACCCGCUUCGUGACGGACGGGCCGUGUCGCAGCGCCAAGCCGGUCACCGAGCUGGUGUGCUCGGGCCAGUGUGGCCCCGCGCGCCUGCUGCCCAACGCCAUCGGCCGCGUGAAGUGGUGGCGCCCGAACGGACCCGACUUCCGCUGCAUCCCGGACCGCUACCGCGCUCAGCGGGUGCAGCUGCUGUGCCCCGGUGGCGCGGCGCCGCGGGCGCGCAAGGUGCGUCUGGUGGCCUCCUGCAAAUGCAAGCGCCUCACACGCUUCCACAACCAGUCGGAGCUCAAGGACUUCGGGCCCGAGACCGCGCGACCGCAGAAGGGUCGCAAGCCACGGCCCCGCGCCCGGGGCGCCAAAGCCAACCAGGCGGAGCUGGAGAACGCCUACUAGAGCGCUCCCGCGCCCACGCAGCCCCCGAGCGAUCCGACUCGUUUUCAUUGUAAAGCCUGCAGCCCAAGCCAGGGGCACCAAACCUUCCGGGCCCGUGAGCGGAGUCCCCAACCCGUAGAGUCCCCUUGCCCUCCUGCCUGCUGCGGGGGUUCCCGCAGGCCAGGAGAGGGAGCUGAGUCAUAGACACUGAGCCACUCUGUCCAGCCCGGAGCGGGGGGUACUGGGGCGGGGAGGUAGAGGACCCUCCUAUACUCGCUGGUUCCCUAUGGGACAAGGUAGCAUUUUCACCAUGAAGGGAGGGGAGUGUGAAAGAACCGGGUUACGGAAGUACAGUAAGAUUCCCCCACCCCCACCCCACUGUGUGCAAGAACACGGGACUAGAUAGGGUCUUUGGCCCUGGCUUGGCCACUGAGUGUGAGGUUGAGCUACGUGGUUCUCUUUGGGUAUCUCAGUGUCUCCUUUGUAAAAUAUGGGUCAGGGUGAGAGUAAGACUCUCCAAGGACUCUGCUGAGAUUCCAAGGACAUGGGCAGAUGGAAGGGACAGGGAGUGAGCGAGGGAAAGAGAGAGAGAGGGAAAGAGAUUUCUGGUUGGCAACUUCCUAGAAGGGGCUGUUGAUUCCCGGCCUGGCCUCCCCAGAUGUUUGGCUACCCCCACUCCUUCGUCUCAAAUUUGCCUUCAACUGGGGUUGGGUCCCAGAGAUGGUGGCAGGGACAGAAAUCGCACCCCUGUUCCCCAAAGCUCACUUUCCUGCCCCUACUGCCUUGACACAUUUUAAAGGGGUUUUCUACACAGCAGUUGAAGGUCCUUGGGGGAAACCGGGCUUGCCAGCCACUUCCAACCAAAGAUGUCUCUUCCAGGACAACUCCUCCCGCCUGCCACCCACGGACACAUUUCUGUCUAGGAAAACAGCUUCUUCGUGCUCUCCUUCGCGAUGGCAUAUCUUACAUGAAAAGUAGUGGGGGGGGGGAGGGGAACAAGUGCUGUACAUAUGCUGAGAAGCUGUGAGGCGCCACAGCCGCCACCCACAAAUCUUUUUGUAAAUCAUUUCCAGACACCUCUUACUUUCUGUGUAGAUUUUAAUUGUUAAAAGGGGAGGGGGAAAAAAAGAAUGUUGUAACCGAAGCACAUGGGAGGAGGGAAGCCCCUGGGGCUAGCCUGGUGGGUUUGGCAAACUCUCCAUGUGGGACUCAUCCACAAGAAUGGAAGUCGUGGUUUUUAAAGAGUUCAGUGACAUAUUUAUUUUCUCAUUUAAGUUAUUUAUGCCAACGUUUUUCUUGUAGAGAAUGACAGUGUUAAUAGCGCUUUGUGAAACACAAGUGUGUUUUUUUGGCCACCGGAGGCAUUGUUAAUAAA